AGGCCAUAAUUUAGGGAGGUAAGAAGACAGGAGGAAGAUAGGACGUUCUGGGUGAUGGCACUACAAGUGCCACUGGAUGACAUGCCGUUUAUCUAUGCCCAGGUCGAAAAGGCCAUUGGGAAGAUAAUUUUAGCACAUCCUACGGACGCAGAUCCACAGAGACCAGCACUUGUCAACGCAAGAUUCGACCUCAAACUUGAAGCCCGUCCAAACAUGAAGGACGUGUUAUGGGUGGAAACGACGAAAGGGGACGUCCUGGAGAUCAAACUGGCCUGCUCAGACUCGUUGAAGUGUAGGAGCUGCAGGCAAUUCUUCCACACCGAACAAGAUUGCAAAAAGGGAGGAGGAGCUCGGCCACGUGAAACAGGAACAGUACAGUCGGAGCAAAUUCACAGACAACAGCAAGGACCGACAACGUUGUCGAAUGGAGGCAAUCAAGUGUCGGGAUACCAUGGUCCGAUGGGCCCAAGACCGGGAACGCCAAGGCAACCAUCCGGUGUGCACGCAAGACAACUCCGAGUGAACCCGACAUUCUCCCCGCAAGGGGGUGGGGGAGGGCAGCAGAGGGGACAUGGGCCACUAAAUGGUCAAUAUCAAGCAAGGGGAAUUCCGCCCCUAGACGGACAAGGAGGAACGGGUCAGACAAGAGGAGGGCUGUCAGCUCAGAUGGGUCAGAUGUUAGGUGGUAUGAACAUGGGAGGAGGAGAGGGAGGCACAUGUUUCGCUCAGCCACAAGGUGUGCAUCCAAUGCCAUGGCAAGGAGGAGUAACCUCGGAAUGGCUGUUAGCAAACGGAAUCCACCCCGCUCUCUGGAUGGGCAUGAUGGGCGGACAAGGCACGACUCCAAUGAUGUAUCAACAAGGGACGCAGGCGGGGCAGCAAGGAGCAAGCGGAGUAGGAGCAGUAAUUUCGCAAGCAUUACAACAGCAACAGCCGGAGGUUCGAAUACCGAUACGCCCAUUUCCCCUAUUCGGAGGGACCCAAGCAAGAGGAAUGGCAAACAAGGGGCAGAGCUCCCAGUCAGGAGCAAAGACUUGAAAUCCAGGAAAGCAAAGGCGUCUGAGUACAGCAUCACAGGUCGCACUCACGCCGGAACCGUCAGGAACGUC